AUGCAGGAACUAGAACCGCUGCUAGCCAGCGACAUCUUCACAGGAGACGUGCUAAGUGCUACCAACCCUUCACUCGCGCUACCGCAAGAGCCGCCUACUAGGCUAAAGAGUGCUUAUCUUCAGUCCGCAGACAUGUUUCCGUACAAACAUUUCACAUACCUCCUUAAUGCGUAAACCAACAGAGCCGAUUUGAUAGAGCAGGAACGCUGGAUCUGUAUACAUUUGGCGUUUAAGGUCGCAAUCAUGAAGAGAAGUAAAAGUGAUAAGAGUAGUAUGUGGGUCAUAUUACUAGCAACUACUUUAGCCGUCCCAGUACUGGGUGAUGCUGGAGUCGGUUUAUUCAACGCAAGAUUAAAACAAAUUGUCACAUCCAGUACACUAAAAUGGGCCACAUUAAAGAAGGAAGUUAUGGACAACUAUGUUAUUGGUGCCCACGACGAGAUAGCUGCGCCUAUAUACCUUUGCCGAACAAGACACGAAGGUGACAUGUUACUUGGACAGCUGAGACCAAAUUAUAACUCAUGCGCAGUUUCUACGACCAAAAGUUAUGAUAUAUUCGAGGUUUUGGAAAACAUUGAAAACGCCUCAUUAAUAAUAUGGAAACCGUGGUACAAGUUUAAUGCGAAACCGAGCGGUGCCGUUGCCGUAGAUUCGUCGCUAGACUCCACCUUCGUAGGCCGGAUUAAAGCUAACGGCGAGGUCACACAUAACAUCGGGAGAAUUAAUUACGAAAGCACUGUCGGAGAACUUAUUUCAUUCGACGACGAGAAUAAUGAAUUAGUAGAAGAUAAUGGUGAAAUAUUAAUAGAAGUGGAACCGGUCAGUUAUAAGUUGGAAAAUGUAGAACUCGAUUUAGUGACGCAACACAUACGACAAACCGAUCCACAAGUAUUCGAAGAGAGGGUUUUAAGAAACGAUGAUGACGUCGCUGCUACAGUUACCACCGAAAUCGAAUAUAAAUUUAAUUACAGUCUCUCUUGGGGUCACGGACACGGCAUUGCCAUCGGUCUCAACACGACCAUAGAAAUGAGCGACGGAACAGAAUUCCCGCAAAUCGAAUGGGCUAAUCCAUAUAAAGACGAGAAGAAGGAGCUAUACAAAAUAGAAAUAUUUUUGGAGCCCGGAACCGCUUGCAACGUUACGUUUAGGGGAAAUAAUACCGUUCGUGAUGUACAAUAUACCGCCAAAUUGACAACAUUUUAUAAAGACAAUGUCGCGCGAUCGAGGCCAAUAAGAGGUGAACGAAUCGAAAAUACAGUUGAAGUUGAGGCUCUUUACGGUGUAGUCUAUUAUACCGUUAAUAAUACCCUGGUUCCAACUACUACAACCACAACUACAACAACGACGACGACGACUACAACGACCACGGUUAUCCCACCCUUACCACCAUCAGUAGAAAAGAAUGAUAUCGGCAUGAUCAUGGACAGUAAUAGUAUAUUAGACGAGAGUAGUGAGGAAAUUGUAAAAGGGUCUCAAGAAAAAGAAGAUAACAUUAACAGAUCGGUUGUGGGAGGUUUGGGAAGUAAUCCCAACAGUGGUAACAAGGUUUUAGUUACAUUGCUUAUGCCUUUCAUUGGAUUGUCACUCACAUUGUUUUAG